GUCAUCUAUGUGAUGCGGAACCUGAAGGACAACAUCGUCUCGUAUUAUCACUUUAGCAAAGUUUGUGGCUAUAUGAAGACCCCCAAGAGCUUCGAGGAGUACUUGGAAGAAUACCUGAUGGGAAACGUUGGAGCAGCAUCCUGGUUUGACCACAUCAGGGUGUGGCACUCAAACAAAGACAACUACAACAUCCUCUUCCUCACCUACGAGGACAUGGUUAUGGACCUGAAGGGAGCAGUAAAGAAGAUCUGCAGCUUCUUAGGGAAGAACCUGAGUGAAGCCGCCAUCGAGCAGGUUGUGGAAAAAUCUACAUUUAAGACCAUGAAGAAAGACCCAAAGGCCAACUACGAGUUUCUGUCAAAGGAGAGGCUCAAUGGACAAUUCAUGCGUAAAGAGUUCUGA